UGUAUACCAUUUGUAUACCAUUUUUUUCCUUCCCUUGAGACCCAAGGGCCAAAAUCAAAACGCAAGGAAUAAGAGGCUAGUUCUGAAAACGUGAAGAAGGCUGGAGCUGAGAGUAUUAGCCCAAUCUUCAGGAUCUUCCCAAAACCCUCCCGGGGCCCUCUCUUCCUCUCUGGUUGUUUCAGUAGUUUCUUCCAUAUGCACGGGUUCUCACGAAGCUCUCUCUCCGGUUUCUUGCGGACCGGCGAUGGCGCACGUUACAGGAACGCCGCCGCUCCGAUUUCCUGCUCCUCACGACUUUUUGAUUCCUAGGUGGGAGAGAGUGAGUCCAGGAGUCGUUGGUACUCUGUGUUAAGUGCUGGAAGGACUCAUGUCAUCAAAUAUUCAACUCAAGUAAACUUGAAGGACACCUCGUUUCCGUGCAAUCAAUUUGAGUCCACUGCUGCAGCACCCUAUGUGUCGGCCUUACCAGUUGAGAAAUUUGAAUUCUAUAAGAGAAACUUUGACAAAUACUUGGAUUCAUUACCAUCUUCAUGCUUUAUAACAGAGCAUCUAUUAUUUCAUCAUGGUGCCUCUCUUUCUGAGCUGAAUUGCCGGGUGAAAUAAUGUUUUGAUCUGUACUCUAUGCGCCAGCCAUCGCUUCCAUAAGAAAGGAGGACGUAAUCAAUCCCAAGACCAAACAUUUCCCGCAAUAUCUAAGCUUUGUGAAAGGUGUUGUGGCCUCAACGAACCUUCCACUUAAUGUCCCGCGUGAGAUUCUUGCGGAGAGUCAAAUUGUACAAAUUAUGAGAAAACCGAUCAAAACCUCAUCUUCUAUUCACCUUCGAAACCUCCUUUCUCAAUCGGGUUCCCACCAUUUUCGCGGAUUCUCAUCCAAACCCAACUUUUCAUUCACACCCUUUGAAGACCCUCCCCCUAAUCUAGUCUCCAAAAUUUGUAACAUCCUCUCUGGUCCCCAAUGGGAAAAGAACCCCCAACUCAAAACCUUGAGCCCCAAACUCAAACCCUACCAUGUAUCCAAGAUCCUCGAAAUCCAUAACGACACAGACUCAGCCUUGCGCUUCUUCUAUUGGGUCUCUAACCGGCAUUUCUACAUACGUGAUAUGAGCUGUUUUAUAUCGAUGCUCAAUAGGCUUGUGCAGGACCGCCAAUUUGCAAAAGCAGACCACGUGAGAAUCCUUAUGAUCAAAGCUUGUCAGAAUGAAGAUGAGCUCAAGCGGGCUAUGUCGUAUUUCAACGAGAUAAGUGGAACUGGUUUUGAAUUUACUCUGUAUAGCUUCAAUACGCUUUUAAUUCAGUUGGGAAAAUUUGAUAUGGUUUUUGUAGCACAAGAUGUAUAUUAUAAGAUGUUGAACAGCAGGAUUAGGCCAAGUUUGCUGACAUUCAAUACUAUGAUUAAUAUAUUAUGUAAGAAGGGUAAGGUGCAAGAGGCAGAGUUGGUUUUGAGUAAGGUUUUUCAGUAUGAUAUGUGCCCAGAUGUGUUUACAUAUACAUCUUUGAUUCUUGGACACUGUAGGAAUGGUAAUUUGAGUGCAGCUUUUGAGGUUUUUGAUAGAAUGAUGAUGAAGGGGUGUGACCCAAAUUCCGUUACAUACUCAACCCUUAUUAAUGGCCUUUGCAAUGAUGGGCGGGUGGACGAGGCAUUGGACAUGAUUGAAGCAAUGAUUGAGAAAGGUAUUGAGCCAACCGUGUAUACUUAUACGGUUCCAAUUACUUCCUUAUGUGAAGCUGGGCGUGUGAAUGAUGCGAUUGAGCUGGCGGGAAGUAUGAGGAAGAGGGGAUGUAUUCUUAAUGUUCACACACAUACAGCAUUGAUUAGUGGGUUGUUUCGAGCUGGGAAACAUGAGAUUGCAAUUGGGAUAUACCACAAGAUGUUGAGGAAUGGUUUGGUUCCAAGCACAGUAACAUUUAAUGCUUUGAUAAAUGAGUUUUGUGCUGGAGGAAGAUUUGGUGUUGCUUUGAAGAUUUUUUAUUGGAUGGAAGGCCAUCGUAUGGCACUGAAUGUUCAAACAUACAACGAGAUUAUAAAAGGAUUUUGCUUGCUGGGUGAUGUUCAGAAGGCAAUGGUCCUUUUCAACAAAAUGCUCAAUGCUGGUCCCCCUCCAACUGUGGUUACAUACAACACACUCAUCAAUGGGUACCUUAAAUUAGGAAACACGAACAAUUCUAUUAGACUAUUGGAAUUGAUGAAGGAGAGUGGUUGUGAACCAGAUGAGUGGACCUACAGCAAACUUAUCUCAGGGUUUUGUGAGGGUGGCAAGUUGGAUCUUGCAUCUAGUCUUUUCCAAGAAAUGGAGAAAAGAGGUAUUAGUCCAAACCAGGUCUGUUACACUGCUAUGAUAAGUGGAUACUGUACAGUGGGUAAGUUAGAUAUUGCCCUAACAUUGUUUGAGAAGAUGGAGGAAAGUGGUUGCCAUUCAAGUGUUGAAACCUACAAUGCCAUUGUCAGUGGGUUGUCCAAAGAUAAUCGCUUUUCUGAAGCUGAAAAGACUUGUAUCAAGAUGGCAGAGCAAGGCUUACAGCCAAAUGUCAUUACCUACACAUCUUUGAUUGAUGGGCUAUGUAGAAAUGGUAGGACCGAGCUUGCAUUCAAGAUAUCCCAUGAAAUGGAAAAAAGAAAUUGCUCACCAAAUCUGUACACAUAUAGUUUACUUAUUUAUGGGUUAUGUCUAGAAGGAAAAGCUGAUGAUGCGGAGGGGUUACUUGAAGAAAUGGAGAGGAAAGGAUUGGUUCCCGAUGAGGUGACAUAUACAUCACUUAUGGACGGUUUUGUUAUGCAUGGUAGGCUAGAUCAUGCGUUCUUACUUCUUAGGCGAAUGAUUAACAUGGGCUGCAAACCCAACUACAGAACAUUGUGUGUGUUGUUGAAAGGGUUGCAAAGGGAGUGUAAGUUGCUCACAGAAAAGGUUGCGGCACAACAUGAAGCAGUGUACAAUUGCAGCUCAGAUGAGAGAUAUACCAAUUUUGAAGUUUUAUGUAAUUUCUUAACUAGAUUGUCAGAGAAUGGAUGUGACCCUACUGUUGAUACCUACAGUACUCUGGUGACAGGCUUGUGCAGAGAAGGCAGAGCUUGGGAGGCAAGUCAAUUGAUGGAAAACAUGAAGGAGAGAGGCUUGUGUCCUAAUCAAGAAAUUUACGACUCAAUGCUGGUUGCUCAUUGCAAGAACCUAGAACUGGACCAUGCUCUGAAAAUCUUCAACAAAAUGACAAUUAGAGUCUUGGAGCCCCGCUUAUCGAUCUACAAAGCACUUAUUUGUGCUCUCUGCAGUGCAAGUCGAGUAGAAGAGGCUCAAAAUUUUUUCAAGAGCAUGCUUGAGAAAGGAUGGAAUAAUGAUGAGAUUGUUUGGACAGUAUUGGUUGAUGGAUUGCUGAAGGAAGGGCAAGUAGAUCCAUGUAUGAAGCUUCUGCACAUUAUGGAGGCCAGAAAUUGCAUUCUCAAUUCUUAUACAUAUUUAAUCUUGGCCAGAGAGCUGUCUAAAUUAGACAAAUCCAUUGAAACAUAUGAAAUAUCUGACAAGUUAAAAAGGACAUAGAUUGACGAUGAAGUAUGAACGUCUGUUAAAUGGGACGAGUAAUGCCUUUUCAAUCUUGCCAUCAUACAGUGGGUAUGAUUUCUUAAUUACAAGAAGAUGACAGAUGAUUGUGCGUCUGGCAUACUAUUUAAAGAAUCUCGGACUCAGAUUAAAUCAGAAGGCUUAGUGUACACAAAUGUGGUUCUAAAGUAGCCUUACAGUCAUGUUUAGAGAGAAGAGUUAGCACACAACUUGGGCAAACAAAUGCUUAUGUAACAGUAGGGCCAUUUCCAAGCAAGUGUUACAAGGAAGGAAAAGUGUGAAGAUUUAAAUUUCUAGUGGAGAGAAGAAUAUGGCUGGUUUAAAAUCAGCCAAAUGCAGCCUAUCGUCCUCUGUUUUGGCAUUUGAGGUUUUGAUGAGCUGCGGAAAGAUUUUUUUUUUUAUUGGCACCGGAUGUCCAGAAACAGCGUCUCAACUAAUCCCGGGGUGCACAAGCCCUCGGAAAGGAGUUUCCCGCAAGUGCGUCUCGGAUAAUUCAAGGAGGAAAAUUCCCCAGUCUGAUGGCCCCUAGAGAUUGUUUGCAUCCAAGGGGAUUUGAACUUUAGACUUGGGGGAGCAUAUCCUCAAGCCCAAGGCGUUUACCACUUGAGCCAACCCCUAGGGGUUGAAUU